AUGCUCCCGCACCCGCCCGGCCAGAACGGUGCUGAACGUCCUGCGGGAGCUGGUGAAAAAGCAGCAUCUUUCCGAGGAAGCCGUGAGUUUGCUGCAGGCACAGUUUUCAGUUGGCUGUCUACUAAUGAGGCUGCUGCAGGCUUCAGCAACAACAUAUUUCUCUGCCUUCAGGAAAAGGUGGAGAGAGGGGAAAAAGGCUACUGCUACUGUGCCCUGAUGGCACAAGACAUGUCCCUGCAGAAACAGCGGGAGUGGGACCUGCAGACCCAGUGCCUGACAGGCUUUGUUGACUUGGGCGCAGGCAUCCUCGAUGCUGAUGAAGCUCCGCUGGCCUCAGAAGCGAUAAUCCUCAUGGCAGUUGGCAUCUCAAGUCCCUGGGCAGCUCCACUUGGCUACUUCUUUGUGAACAGCACGACUGGCUACUUGCUUGCUCAGCUGCUUCGCCAGGCCAUCAACAAACUGAACAACAUUGGCAUCAGGGUGCUGGCUGUGACAUCAGGCACCACUGCUCGCGGUGCUGAGACCGCCAGAGCUCUAGGGAUCAGGAUGGAUUCUGAAAGGAUUCAGUGCACUUUCCAGCAUCCGCCUGGCUCUGCUCAGAGCAUCAUGUAUUUGUUUGAUGUUUGCCAUGCCCUCCAGCUGAUCAGGAAUGCUCUGCAGUGCUUCCAGAAGAUAGAGUGGCCUGGUGACACCGUACGGUGGCAGCACGUGGUGGAGCUGGCGGCUUUGCAGGAGCAGAGGGUAUUGGAGCCGUGCAGUCCCAAGUCAGGCAUACCUGGGAGCAAGGGGAGUUACUACCUGAAGGUCAACCUUGCUACUCAGUUAUUCAGUGAGGGUGUUGCUGAUGCACUGGAACACCUCCAGAAUCUGGGGCUGGCCUCAUUCCAGAACUGCAGCGGUACUGUCAAGUUUGUGCGGUUGAUGAGCCAUCUGUGUGAUGUAUUUCAUGGUAGAGGUCCCUAUAGAAUGGGACUGAAGGGGCCUUUGCUAGCUGGAAAUUAUACCAAAAUAACCCACCUCUUUAAUGAGGCCAAGAGCUUCUUUGUCACCUUAACAGACUCUAUGGGAAGAUACAUUAUUAAGAGCAAAAGGAAACUAGGAUUUCUGAGUUUGUUGCUCAACGCGGAAAGCCUCAAGUGGCUUUACACCAACUAUGUGUGUCCAGAAGGCUCUCCUUCCCACCACUUCCUGACUUAUGCCUUCAGCCUUGACCCCCUGGAGCUGUUUCUAAGGACCCUCCAGCAAGCCUGUGGCAAUGGGAGUCCCACAUGCACUGUCUUCCAGGCUGCUUAUCACAAACUGCUGGCUGGCUGUAACCUGGCACCAGGCUCACCAUACAGCAGUGGCUCAGGCAGUAUGAGCUCUUGGGACACAGCUCAGUCUUGCAGGAGAGAUCUGACCCUUGGCAGCAUUUGUGCUCAGUAUAACCCAGCUCAUGGGAGAACACUGGCAACAGAGUGCCCCUAUUGUGCAGGCCUUCUUUUGCAUGGCUCUGUGCUAAGUAACGCACUGAUAGACCUAUCCCUGCAUGUAAAGAGUGUCACCUGCACCGCAGGCUUCAUUGCCGAGCAAUUAGCCUCUGACUUGCAAUGUGAGGCUUGUGUUGCUUCCCUCUUUGAGUCAGAUGAGAGCAGGCUAAGAUGCAGGUCAGUGCUAUACAUAAAAAAGUUAGGUGGAGUGAGUCUGCCCUCGGCAAGUGUGUACCACAUAACAAGCAUUUCGGAACAAGUCCUAAACCGGUAUGGCAAAGUAGGAGACAGCAAUGAAAACACCAAGCUAUGGCACUUGUCUCUAGAACAGAAAAUCUUCCAGGAGCUCCUGGGAGGAAGUCCCCUCUUCCCUACUCUCACAAACCAUUUAUUUGAUGGGGAGGUGAAUUUACAACAAGCACCAAAUUAA